UUUGAUGGUCGCAGUGAAAAAUUGAGUUUUAAACAUCCUUCGAACGAACGUAAGUGCCUGCAAAUGGUGACAAAUGGUGGCGUAGCUUACCCUGGCACCGAAAAGCUAGCAGUUUCGUGACGAUUUUUUAACCUUUCCCGCUACUGUGAUCAUAAGUGCGUGCGUGAAGUUAAAGUGGAACCACUCGAUAACGAUAAGAGAACGAUUACGUUCGUGGUGUGAUUGGCAUCUCGGAAUACUGGGAGUGCCCGGGAGCAAUUUACGGCAUCACGGCAUUAACGAAUUGCUAUGCGAAUGCGAGGCGCACCUCGAUAGGACAAUAAGUGAAGGAAACAAUUGCUGAUUGAAAGCGUCAGCAGCAACAACACAGAGAACUCAAUCGAAACUGUCUGCUAACACGUGCGUGUGUGUGUGUGCGUGUGUAGAUAAGCUAAAGUUAAGACGGCUUUUGCAUUCCCAAUCAGCGAUGUCACAGAGCGCAGGUGGAGGAGGAGCAGCAGCAGCGGCGUUGCGAUACUCGCAGUAUGCAACGGGCCCAGGAGUGGCCUGUCCUCAACAGCAGCAACAGCAACCGGCUGCCGGGAACAAACCGUUAGUAGCGACUGUCCCGAGCACAAGCACGGGCGCUCCGCUGGUUGCUAUGCGACAGUCCGGCUCAGUAGCACAGUCACAGCAAGGCCAACAGCAACAUUUUAUGCGUCCACCGAUGCUAGUUACUUCGUCUGGCGCUUCAAUGUUGCCACCUGCUGGAGGUGGCGCCGCUGCUGGUCCACAACAGCCACACACGGGGGCAUCAGCGCCAACGACAAACACAGCAUCGAACGGUAGCGGCAGUGGGCUACCGAAGUACCCUGGCAGCAGCAGUCUGUCCGGAUCCGAUACCGAUGUGUCCACCUCGAACGAGAACCUGUCGCGUGAGGAGCGAUACGUGCUGAGCCAUGCUCGAGUAGAACCACAGGGCGAGGAGAAUCUGCAGGGAAACGUCACACCAGUCAAUGAACUGCAAGGAAGGUACAUUGGCGACAAGUUUUCCUCCAACACGUCCUCCGACUCGACACGGUACGCGACACCGACCGGUGGUAGCAGCCGCAGCAUCUCCGAAUCUCGAACCGGAACCAUGUACUCCGCUAGUAUGGGCGGUGGACCUGGAGCUGGCCCGGGGAACGAUGGUUCCUCGAAUCGCAGCUCAAUGGCCGGAGGUGGCGGUGGUGGUUCGAAUCGUAAUUCACUCAAGGAACCGAACUCGAAUCGUUCGUCAAUGGAUGUGUCCCAGUCGUCGUACAACACGCUCAUCAUCCACGAUGAUAUCUACGGUGGUGCUGGUCUUAACGGUUCCAGCGUUUCGGCACGCGAGUACGCCGGCAGUCCCCCGCCGUACAUGAAGAAGGAACGACCACGCUCGUACGGUGAGGCGUGCCAGGUCGUGAUGCAGGAGAUUUCGGAAAUCCCCGAAGAGUAUCUCAGUCAAAGCCACGUGCUAAAGCAUCUGGCCAAAGAGGUGAAGCUACUGCCGGGUUCAACGGCGGUACGAUCGACCCGUAGUGCCUCGCUGGCGCGUGACACAGUGAUGAUGGCGAGUGAGGCUAAACAACGGCAUGGCCCACGCCAGCACCAACAGCAGUCCGGCUCGGUCGCUACUACCGAUGGGGGAGAUUGCAAGAAGCCGCAACAUGUGGACGACCACCAGGCUAGCCAGGGUGGGAAUGGGAAGCUAAAGAGCAAAAGCCAACCCGAUCUGACCCGGAUUUACGAUAUAGAGCCGGAGGAGUUGGAAGCGCUGGUCAAGGAGAACCAUGUGCUCAAGCAGCAGCUCAACAAUUGCUAUCUGAAGGUUGCCAAAAGUCAGAAGUUGGAACAGGAAAUAGCAAACAUUUAUCGAGUGCACGAGGAACUGGUGCAGUCGUGCGAUCGUCGCGAGCGGCUCGAGCGUGCUGCCCGCACCCGGCUACAGCAGGACUGCCGCCGGCUGCAGGAGCUGAAUCGGGCGUUCCGGGAUCAAGUCGAGGUAUACCAGAGCCAGCUACAUGCCUCCUCCGACCAUCAGCUCGGUCGAACACAGCAAGAUGUGCUCAUCUCGCAGCUAGUUAAUCAAAAUAAAUCGCUGGUCGAUGCUAACCGGCGGCAGUGCAUUGAGCUGCAGGCACAGAAUGCGACGCUCGAGGAACAGAGGAUACACAUCAACGUGCUCGAUACGGCAUUGAAGCGGCUGGAAGAGGAGUGCCGCCAGAAGCAGGUGUAUGUGGAACGGUGCGCCCAACUCCAGCACGCUCUCCAGUCGCUCCAGAAUGCGAGUGAACGGCGGGAGCAAGCGGAGCGGAAGCUACGGAUCGACUAUGAGCACGACAUGCAACCGAACCGGAGUGGCAGCAGCAGCACCAGUAGCGAAACGGACAACCUCAAAUGGCAGCUGCGGGAAAAAGAUGCCCAGAUAAUGCGGCUCGAGGCAGAGUGUAGCAAGCUCGAGCAACGCAACCUAGAGGAAUCGAACGUGCGCAAUGUGGCAAAGUUGGCCAUGGAGCGCAACUCGCAGGAAACGGAGCGUAUACUGGCGGAAGCGAAGCAGGAGAAGAUACGCUAUCUGGACGAGGCGCACGCCGCCAAUCGGAAGGUGACGGAGCUGCAGACUCGCCUAAAGCUGGUCGAGAAUCGGCUUGCCGAGAAGGACGCCAUGAUACGGGCCUAUCAAGGACAGAAGAUUUACGGUGGCUCAACGAACUCCUACGGAUCGUACAACCUAUCGACGGAUAGCUUCGCAUUGAAUCCACUGGGAGCGUACAACUCGCAGCCAUCGUACGUGGACGUAUCGGCCAGCUCGUACGACGUCGUGUCUGCCAGCAAUGGGGCCGGCUCGCUGCUCGAUCCUUCCGUCGUUGGACCUUACGUCGGUGCGACGUCAGCGGCAGUGGUUGCCUCGAGCUACGCCUCUACCUACGGCCAAAACAACAACAACAAUAACCCUUCAUUCGUCCAAAGCUCACUGAAUCUUCCUGGUGGUUCCAGUUCGGCCGUGGGUUCCUCCGUUGGCCUUAAUGGAGUUGGCAGUGCUGGUGGUAGCGCCACUGGUUGCUACUCCUCACCUAGCAGCAGUAGCACUACCUCGAACUACUGCAGCAGCAGUACCAACUAUGGUAGCGGAACGACAACGACCGGCAGCAGCGAGCACACGAUCUUCGAUAGCAAGAACUACGAUGCGCAGCGCAAAUCGAUCGACGAUCAGCUGAAGCAGCUCGACGAGCAGCUGCUGAAUAAGCGUGGUCUAUGCUGCUUCCCCAGUCUUACAACGAAGAAACCGAUCCAGUCACUGCUGGCCGACGAAGUGUCGGUCCUAUCAGCCAACAACAGUGAGGCCUUUUUACAAAACCUGACGCACCUGGGAACAGAUCGCCGAUCGGAGCAACCAUCAGAUCGGGAACCGCCAUCCGGUGGUACAGGUAGCGGCAACAACCAGAGCCAACAGAAGGCCGAUGAUAUGGUGCUGCUCGAGAAGCAGGGCCGCUGUUCGCAGAAACUACGAGGGGGCAGCAACUCGUCCGCUACCACCACCACCUCGACGUCCUCGACCCUUAGCAACCUGGCGCACGUAUCGCACACGGUCGGCCAGAACAUGACCGAUAUCAGCAACAUCGGUAGCAGUGGUGGUGGUGGUGGGAAUAAGCCGACGGGGGGAUGCGGAUUGCGCGGUUCAUCGUUGCCACCGAGUGCUCUGCCGAGGCCACCGCGUAGCUUAAAACCACCGCGCAAGAUCGAGUACGGACGGCUGAGUGAUGGUGGUGGUGGUUCGAUGGGAGAUGAGACAGUAGGGAAGCAGAAGAAGAACCGAGCCGCCACACCACCAUCACCGUCGGCAGGUGGUGGACACUCCUCCCCAAAGGACGUGUUUGGUGCAAGCAUGAAACGCCCUUCGGCCGUUGGCGGACGGGAAUACUCACCGGCCAAAGGUAGCGGUGGGUACGGGGAGAUGAAAGAUACGCUCCAGCUGACCAAGGACUAUGGAGGUGGCGCCGGAUCGCUCAGGCACAAAUCGUACGGUUCAAUGAAUGCUGUUACCACGGGUGGUGGUAACAGUGGUGGGGUCAAGUUUGGUUUCGGUUCUGUAAAGUCCGGGCCGGUGGCCGGAUCCGGUCUAUCCGGUGCAGAUUUCACGAAGGUCGACUAUCCAUCCACUAGAAAUUAUCAGCGCUUAGAGGAACCACAUCACACCGGAUCAUCCCCGUCAUCGUCGCAGUCACGCAAAAGUUCCGGUGAUUCGGGUACGUUGAAGCGAUCCUUGCUUCCGAACGUACGUAAGCUGUCCGGCGGUGGCAGUGGUGGUGGUGGCACGCAGCAAAUCAUGACCAAAGGAGGAUCACGUGACUCACUGAACUCGGCCUCAUCCGAAUCGAACCAUUCAACGCCCGGUGGCAGCGGUACCGGUGUGCUCUCCCGAUCUAGCCCACUUCGAUCAGUGUCCUCGAGCUAUCAGCAUGCGAUGGCCGCCUAUCAGCAGCAGCAGCAACAGCCUCAACCACAGCCACACAAUCGUACACCGCCACCGCGCUUUAUCCAUCACCAGCAAUCCACUUCGGCGGAAUCGACUAAAUCCAACUACACAGUUUCAACGUCAUCCUCGGCGGGCGGCACCAGUGCCCAAGCCCAAGGGUACUUCACCAAAUUUUCCUCCCAAUCGGUGUCACCCGGUCGAACCAUACCGCCGACCACCGGGCAACGGAAUGCCGCAACCCAACCGAAAAGCUCCUGCUCACUGCCCAGCUCCAGCGUCCUCCAUGCUGCCGUCAACUCGUCGGCCACCUCGGCCAUUGGUCAAAGCUCCACGGCUUCGCUACCACCGAAACCGGUGCUCGAGAAACAGCUAUCGUCCGGACCGGUCACUACCGGUGGAUCAUCAAGCAACAGCACCAGUGGUACUAGUAACCAGCAACAACAACGGCGAGGCAACAGUUUGGCGCGCGUUGGCAACAAGUAUCGGAUUCAGUUUUAAGCGUGUUUCCCCCCCUUCACCCCUCCCGAGGUCUGAGACGACACAGAGAACUUUAGAAGUAUUGGGGGAAAAGAGGGUGCGGGGUACAUGGAUACAUCGAGUAUAAUGAAAGUGAGGAUCGUAGACCGGGCGUGGGCCUGCCUUCACUGCCAAUGCACGUAUUUUGUUCCGAAGGAUUCGUUCGCUUCUCAUUAGAAA